CAGUGAUUAUUGUUUUUGCACGGUGGGACUUGAUGGUAAUUUCCCUACUGGGAAGGCGGAAGAGGUGUGCUUAACAUUUAACCUUUUUGCCGACAAUGUGAAAAUGGCGUAAUGAAAGGAAACGAGUACGAGCAGCGAGCAGAUCAAGUUUUCAGAGGAUCAGCAUGGGGAACACGAGCAGCGACAGGGGCGGCGCGGGCGAUAAAGCGAACAGACGAGAGAUCCGAGCCGGUAAAGAUGGAGCUCGACCCAAGAUUUUGCUGGACAGCGCGGAGGACGGAGACAUCUUCCCUUCAGACGAUGCUAAGGAAUUUCUAGCAUGGCAACAAGAUCAGGAAUCAGAGGCUAAAGUCCCACCAGAGGAAAUACCCACUGUCUUCCGUUGGAGCGGUCAAGGAAAAGAGAUCUACUUGUCUGGCUCCUUUAAUAACUGGGCCAGCAAAAUCCCCCUGACUAAGAGUCAUAAUAAUUUUGUUGCAAUCGUUGAUCUGCCGGAGGGUGAGCACCAGUAUAAAUAUUACGUGGAUGGAAACUGGAUAUUAGAUCCCAAGGAGGCCGUUGUGACCACUAAGUCAGGUGUGGUGAAUAAUCUUGUUAAAGUGAGGAAAACGGACUUUGAGGUAUUCGAUGCCCUGAAAACAGACUCUGAGAAAUCUGCAGAAGUGUCAGACUUGUCUAGUUCCCCUCCUGGUCCAUACCACCAGGAUCCCUACAUCAAAUCAGAAGACAGACUGCGCUCUCCUCCCAUCCUCCCUCCACACCUGCUGCAGGUGCUCCUUAACAAAGAUACUGGAGUCUCUUGUGACCCCACCCUGUUACCUGAACCAAACCAUGUGAUGCUCAACCACCUUUACGCCCUUUCCAUUAAGGAUGGCGUGAUGGUUCUCAGCGCUACACAUCGCUACAAAAAGAAGUAUGUGACCACACUGCUGUAUAAGCCUAUAUGAUCACAAUUCACCUGACCAUAACGGUCUUAUGCACUCAAUGUUUCCUAUUAAAGAAAAGGACCAAGCACAGCAAAACUCACAUGUGUGCGUGAGAAAAUGUGUUUAUUUCAAGCGUCAAGCAGGUUGCUUGUGGAACUGAGAGGAAACCAAAAAACAUAAUACCCAGUGCUUGCACGCACAAUGUAAGGCAUUUGCCAAAUGUAAAAAUAUGAUUUUUUAAUCAUCAAGGUUUUUUUAGACGAUAAGGAUCUCACAUGUUAAAAGAUUUUGACAUUUAUGUGCCUUCAAAAAAUGUCCAUACAUGCAAAAAAAAUUAUAAGGUCAAUUUAAAUGGACCAUUGUGGUAGUUUAAUGCACAUUUAGAUUAAUCUUUUGUUUUAUUUGUGUAUCAUUGUACGGUGAAACUACAGUCAUGAAGAGUUUUUGAAAGUCAUUUUAUUUAUCAUAUAACACAAAAUCAUAGGCUAAUAAAACACUUCAGAAAUGGGA